AACCACAAACUUCAGCGCCGGUCGACACACACAUAUAUGUAUACGGCAAUGACCAACUCAUGAUAUGAAGCGAACGUAUGAGAAUGCACUCAAAUUACUUGAGUCCCGUCGGCGUACGGCUCGACCAAAGACUCCUGCCGCGCUGAAUGCCGGUGUAGCAACACCAGCUCCUAGCUCCCAGACAUUAAGAGGCAUACCCAGUCUGGCUGGGAUGAAAGAGUGGCUUGAAGCUCUAGGACAUUCGACAAACGAUAUCAACGACUUGAACAUCAUCCAUGUCGCAGGAACCAAGGGUAAAGGCAGUACAUGCGCAUUUACUCGCUCAUUUCUUCAUGCGCACGGUUUGCGAACCGGGUUCCCCAAGCGCGUCGGCCUUUAUACUGGUCCUGAUCUACAAUCUAUCCGAGAAAGAAUUCAGAUAGACAAUCAACCCAUCACCGAAGAUUUAUUUACAAGAUACUUUUUCGAGGUGUGGGAUCGGCUUUUGCCGUCUGAUAGGUCUGAUACCAACAAUGAAGGCCUCCGACAGCCUCGCUAUUUGCAACUAUUAGCUUUGUUGGCUUUCCAUACUUUCAUUAGAGAACGGGUACAAGCAGCUAUAUUCGAAACUCAUCAUGGAGGUGAAUAUGAUGCUACUAAUGUCAUAUCGCAACCAGUAGUCACUGCCAUCACGUCUCUUGGUAUGGAUCAUGUCAUGCAGUUAGGUCCUACGAUUGAGGAUAUCGCUUGGCAUAAAUCGGGGAUAUUCAAGCCAGGCGUUCCGGCAUUCUCAGCGCCACAGGAUCCAGGUCCGGUUGAGGUUAUGCGCCGGCGCGCGGAAGAGAAGAAUGCACCGUUGAAGUUCGUCUCUAUCAAUGAAAACUUGCUGGAGAAUAAAAAGGUUCUGGCUGUGCCAGUUCAGCGGAUCAAUUGCUCCUUGGCUCUGGAAAUAGCACAGUGUUUCUUGCGGGCGAAAGCACCGAAAUAUGUAAUGGAUGAUGAUCUUGUGCGUGAGGGAGUUCAAAAUUUUAGCUGGCCCGGCAGAUUUGAGAUCAUCCAGGACGGUGCAAUACGGUGGUUCUUGGAUGGGGCACAUAACCCGCUGAGCCUGAUACAGGCCUCAAAGUGGUUUGCGGACAACACAGCUUCAGGGACGAAAAAAUGCCGCAUCCUUAUUUUUAGUCAUUACUCAGAAGAAAGAGAUGGGGUGACGCUCGUCGAGGAGCUAGCUCGUGCACUGCUGGAGAAUGAUGCACGGCCAGAUAAAGUCAUCUUCACCACCUACAAUGAGAGGAAAGAUGGUACGAGGCGAAUCGACAAGACCCUCAGGAUUCCGGAAACACCCUUUCCAGAUUUGCGCACAGUAUACGCUACUUUAUGGGAACAGAAGGAUCCACGAGCUAUGAUUUAUAAAGAACCAACAAUUGAAGACACCUUGGCACUUGCUAGAAGGGUUGCAGCGGAAAACGAGGGGGCCCAGAUUCUAGUAACGGGAAGCUUACAUUUGGUUGGAGGUGCACUUAGCACCUUGCGGCCAUACAAACUCGCCGGCAAAAAUGUAUUGCUGAUUGGCGGAACAUCAGGAAUUGGCUUUUCCGUCGCUGAAAAAGUGCUACGAGAAGGCGCCCAUAUCACCAUCAGUUCUUCAUCCGAAGAAAGGAUCGCGAACGCUGUCGGACGACUUCAAAAGAGUUCCCCAGAAUACGCAUCAAACGUGAGAAGUUAUGCGGCCGACCUUUCCAUCAAAGAGAAAAUCGAGAAGAACGUCGUGGGACUACUUCAAUAUGCUGCAAAAGACUCUACGAUUGAUCACGUAGUGUUCACGGCCGGAAAUGUGCCACCCAUGGCACCACUUCCCGAGUCAACUUUUGAGCAUAUAGAUGCUUUUCUUAACGUGCGUUUCUACGGCGCUCUGGCAAUUGGCAAAUAUGCACGCAAAUACAUAACCCCAUCCAAGACGUCGUCGAUAACUCUCACUUCCGGAUCGCAGGCCAGUAAGCCCUCAGCAUGGCUUCCACCAAUCGUUUGCAUGGCCGUUGAGGGAGUGGUGAAAGGUCUAGCAGUUGACUUAGCCCCUGUCCGCGUGAAUGCGGCGGCGCCUGGGUUUGUUCAAACAGAGCUUCUGGAAAAGAUGCCGAAAGAGAUGGCGGAGGUGGGUCUUAAGAUGUCCAAGAAUAAGUCCUUGACUAAGGAUAUUGGUUACCCGGAUGAUACUUCUGAAGCGUAUUUGUACUUCAUGAAGGAUACAUUUGUGACUGGUAUUGUGUUGAAGACCAACGGCGGCAUACAUCUAACUUGA